GAAUUACAGUAAAAAAAUAAUUUCAAGAGUGGGGCCCAUGCUCUCAAGAGCCCAAUGUACGAAAUGAAGGUGGCCAUUGCUUUUGGCCUUUGGUAGGUAUGUAUAUGAUCACACCCUUUUAUCCAUCCUCCCCCACCUGUCAAAUUCAAUAAAUACCAAAAUUUUCACUCAUUUCCGGAUGACUGAACGCCCAACACCGUCGAGCGCCACCACCACUUCCUCUGUCAACUCAAUUUCCAACCUUAUCUUCACGGCGUAAUCAUCGGCUACCUCAACUAAUCGGAAGCAUAAUUUACGGUAUUAUUUGAUUUCAACAACCAUGAAUCAUGAUAUUCAAGCAAAACUACUUAGACGUGAUGAAGAAGAAGAAGAAGGUGACUUGAAAGGAAGAAUAUGGGAUGAAUCCCGAAAGAUUUGGAGGGUUGCAUUGCCAGGUGUCAUAUCAAGAGUUUGCGCAUUUGGAACGAUUGUUGUCACACAAUCAUUCAUAGGCCACAUCAGCGACUUAGAUCUUGCCGGUUAUGCCCUUGUCCAAACACUUAGUGUCCGAUUCGUCAAUGGAAUUCUUUUAGGAAUGUCGAGUGCAACCGAAACUCUGUGUGGUCAAGCCUUUGGAGCUGGUCAACACCAUAUGAUGGGCAUCUACUUACAACGAUCCUGGAUCGUUGAUUUAAUCUCUCUAACCGUCCUCCUCCCGAUCUUCAUCUUCGCGACACAAAUCUUCAAAAUUUUAGGCGAAGACGAAUCCGUAUCAAACAGUGGUGGAUACAUUUCUCUAUGGUUCAUCCCUUUCGUUUACAAUUUCGUGUUUAGCCUCACAAUACAAAUGUACCUUCAAGCACAGUUGAAGAACAUGGUGAUUGCAUGGCUUUCGAUUUUUCAAUUCGGGAUUCAUAUCCCGUUGUCGUUGCUGUUUGUGUAUAAGUUGAACCUUGGGGUUGGUGGGGCCAUGAUUGCUUUGUCUAUGUCGUCGUGGUUUCUUGUGAUGGGAGAGUUUGUUUAUAUAUUUGGUGGUUGGUGUCCGUAUUCUUGGAGGGGGUUUACAUCGGCUGCUUUUAAGGAUCUGUUACCUGUUGUGAAGCUCUCGAUAUCUUCCGGUGUUAUGGUCUGCUUGGAGUUAUGGUACAAUGCUGUGCUAGUCUUGCUUGCGGGGUACAUGGCAAAUGCGGAAGUCGCGAUAUCUGCGUUCUCGAUAUGCCUGAACAUUAAUGCGUGGGAGUUCAUGAUCAGCCUCGGUUUCUUAGGUGCUGCAUGUGUCCGUGUUGCAAAUGAAUUAGGGAGAGGAAAUGCGAAAGCAGCAAAGUUCUCGAUUAAAGUCUUGUUGGGCACUUCAAUUGCAAUCGGAGUCUUUUUCUUUGUUGUUUGCUUAAUUUUCAGAAAAAAACUGGCCUACUUGUUUACAGACGAUGUAAGAGUCGCUGAUACAGUAUCAGACCUUUCUUUGCUUCUUUCUUUCUCGGUUUUACUCAACAGCAUUUACCCCGUUCUCUCAGGGGUGGCGGUUGGAGCGGGAAUGCAGGGCACAGUAGCGAUAGUGAACCUUGUUUGCUUCUAUCUGAUUGGUAUUCCAAUGGGAGCUUUGCUUGGUUACAUGACUAACCUCCAAGUAAAGGGUAUAUGGAUUGGAAUGAUCGGUGGUGUUGUCACACAAACACUUGCGCUUGUGUAUAUGGCAUGGACAACCGAUUGGGAUGAUCAGGUUAAGAGGGCUUCGGAGAGGCUAAAUCGAUUUUACGUGAAGGCGUCUGAUAAUGAUAAUCAGGAGCAAAUUCGUUAGAAAAAGUUUAGUUUAAAUUUUUUGGUAUUAAAUGUACUAAUGUAACUUGAUUCUCUAGUAGGUGUAGGUGUAUUAAAUGAAUCGGUUAUUUGUCUCA